CAAUUGAACAUAUAUAGAUUCAACCAUACAUACUUCAGUCCUCGAUCUCAUCGACUCGUCGAGCGAAUGUUCCGCAGUGUCAUCCGAACCAUACAAUAAUGCACUUCGUCGCACUCAACCAAUUUUCUACUGUCACAAACGAGCUUUGUUGAACUGUUUUUGACUUCACUUUUUUUGCUGGACUUCAACAAGUGUGCAAGUGUGGACGGAAAUGUCUAGCUCCGUGUCUACACUGUUGUGCCGAGCAACUCUACAAAAGUCGAGUGCGACUUGCCUUUCUAUCAAGAGUAUUACGAGAUUCAACCAAAGCAAGAGAUUUUCAUGGACUCAAGAAAGGCAUAGCAUUGACAAGAAUGCCGUUACGAAUUUUUUCGAUCAACAGAGAUUCGGCAGUGCGGCAGCGGUAUCGCACGCGUUUCCUGGUGUUUUGACCAAGCAACAAGCCAAAGAUUUGGCUGUUCGCUUGACACCGGAUGAAAGAGAAGUGCUGAUUACGGCUCUACAAGAAUGCCAGUCUCAAAAGCUCAAGGCUGAGUAUGUAGGUCAGCUUGCAGCCUUUAGGUGGAGAAGUAAAUUUGGCAGACCCAGCAGAGUACCUUCUUUAGGAGAUGUUGAUCCCACAGGCAGUUAUUGCAAGGUUCCUGAUGAUUGGUUGCUUCGUAAAUAUGUGGAAAAAGUUCCUUCACCAUCCAGACAAGAUUUAUUACGAGUGUCAGUAGCAAAUGCCAUUCCUUUCAUUGGCUUUGGAUUUCUUGACAAUUCAAUCAUGAUAAUUGCUGGUGAUUCUAUUGAAGCAACAUUAGGAGCUUUUAUAACACUUUCAACUAUGGCUGCUGCAGCUUUUGGAAAUACCAUUUCUGAUAUUCUAGGAAUAGGUUCUGCCUACUAUGUCGAGCUUUUUGCACAAAAAAUAGGAUUUGAACAACCCAAGCUAACACCACUUCAAUUAGAUUUACCUAAGUCUAGAUUUGCUGCCAAUAUGGGACGAGUUAUUGGAGUGACUGUUGGUUGCCUGCUAGGAAUGCUACCAUUACUGUUUUUACAUUGUGAUCCAAAAGAUGAGAAAGACGAAAAGAAAGAGGAGAAACAAGACGAUAAGAAGAAAUAAGGUCCAAGAUG